CAGCUGUGGGCAGAAACGCAAAGCGUUUGAUGUAAACUCUGAAGCUGUUUGUUUUGUCCUGAUAAAAGGAGCCAUUGUAUGCAGAUGGCUCUCACAGAGGCAUAUGACCUCCUCAGUGCAGGGCAGUGGCUGGUCAGCGUGAGGGAAAUUAUUAGCAAUGCAAAGUCACUGUGUGAGCUGAUGUCCUCUGUCUCCGAUUGGAAACAAAGAUAAAAGGGGAAAAAAUCUGGUCACGCAAAUGUUUCUGGAAGCGUUUAAUUGAAACAGAAAAGCAGACGACCCGGAACCGAAGAUGAACUGGGCCUCAUUCUAUGCCGUCAUCAGCGGCGUGAACCGACACUCCACCGGCAUCGGCCGCAUCUGGCUCUCUGUYCUGUUUAUUUUCCGCAUCCUGGUCCUGGUGGUCGCUGCCGAGACUGUGUGGGGAGACGAGAAGUCCGGCUUCACCUGCAACACCCAGCAGCCGGGCUGCAACAGCGUCUGCUACGACCACUUCUUCCCCAUCUCCCACAUCCGCCUCUGGGCGUUGCAGCUCAUACUGGUCUCCACUCCCGCCCUGCUGGUUGCCAUGCACGUGGCCCACCGCCGCCACGUGGACAAGAGGAUCUACAAGCUGUCAGGGAGGGCCAAUCCGAAAGAGCUGGAGCAGAUAAAAACCCAGAAGAUGAAAAUAACMGGGGCCUUGUGGUGGACUUACGUCAUCAGCCUGGUGUUCCGCGUCAUCUUCGAAGUCAUUUUUAUGUAUCUGUUCUACAUGAUUUACCCCGGUUAUAAGAUGAUCAGGCUGGUGAAAUGUGACUCCUACCCCUGUCCCAACACGGUGGACUGCUUUGUGUCCAGGCCAACGGAGAAGACCGUCUUCACCGUCUUCAUGCUGGCCGUGUCAGGGGUGUGCAUUCUGCUCAACAUUGCAGAGGUGGUCUUCUUGGUGGGGAAGGCCUGCAGCAAACACCUGCACGAUGCUGGAAACUCCACUGUCGCUGCUUGGAUCCAGAAGAAGCUUCGCUCUUACUAACAAAACACAUAAUUCAUCUCCCUGCAGAGGAACACGAACAAAAACACACAAUUUCACUUUYUGGUUUGACUUGUCGGCUAAAAUAGCUGUUAAAACGUGUUAAUUAAUGCUUUUUGCAAAGCUUCUGGGUCUAGAGAGAGAAAAAGGUAGAAUUUAGAAAAUUUGUCACACCAGCAAUACAUAUCACGGAUAUUUUUAUCACGGAUAUUGUCACACAUGCACAAGCCAUGUUCAGUAGUGCGUAUCUUUUUAAAUAAAUCCUCCUGAGAAGUA